GCUCAGCCAGUACAGAAUGAAGUAGCCCCAGUGCCGACGGCCCGCGCGGCCCGGAGAAGAGCCCGGAAGGCCUGAUGAAGUGGAAGAGGCUGCUGUUGCUGCUCCCAUGGGGGCUUGCGAUGCGCGUGCAGAAGAACCCGGUGGCCCGAGUCACAGAUCUCCUUGAGAAGAUUCAGGAGAAAGUCGAGAAGCAGGGCCAAGAGGAUGCCAAGCUUUGGGAACAGAUGCAGUGCAACUGCAAGAAGACCCGGAAGAGACUGGACGAGAGCAUCCAACAGGAGGAGACCAGGCUGCCCAUGCUCCGCAGCGAGCGCAUGGGGCUCAGCGCACAGAAGGCGCGCUUGGAGGCGCGCUUGGAGGCGGAGAAGGAGAACGCCGUCGCUGAGAAGGCGGACGCGCAGGCAGCGCUCACAGCGGCAUCCGAACUCAGGCAAAAAGAGGCCAAUGAGUUUGAGAAGCUCAAGGAGGAGCUCCAGAAGAAUGUCGCCGCAGUGGGCAAAGCCAUCGCUGCCUUCGAGAAGGGGCUCGCAGGAAGCUUCUUGCAGUCCAAUGAGGCAGAUCGGCUGCGCGAGGCCACCGAAAAGACGUCCAAUCUGAGGCUCUCGGACCGAGAGGCGCUCACGGCCCUGCUGAGCGGCGAGGCAGGUGCACCUGGCAGCUCGGCCGUGCUGGGCGCCCUACAGAGCAUGCGGGAUACUAUGGAGGAGGACCUCAGCGCUUCUCAAAGCCGUGAAGCGCAGGCGGUCUUGGCCUUCCAGGGCAUGGCUGCAGCUCGACGAAGUGAAGUGUCCACACUGGACACGGAGAUCGAAACGAAGACCUCCAGGAUCGGAGAACUCAGCGUGGACCUGGUGAAUCAGCAGCAAGCCAUCGACAGUGGAGCCAAGAGGCUUCAGGACGAAACCAAGCUGCUGAGUGACACGGAAGAGAGCUGCCAGCAGCAAGAGCAGGAGUGGCAUGCACGCAGCGAGAGCCGCGCGGAAGAGCUCGUGGCCAUCCAGGAGACCUUGAAGCUCCUGGCCGACGAUGAGGUCACCCGGCCCUCUUUUUCAGAGCACACGCGGCGUGACGCGUGA